UCCCGUGCUCCGCCGUUCUGCUCGCUCGUCGCCGGAUCGUCGGGUUGUGGUGGUGGUGGUGGUGGUGGUGAUGAUGAGGAUGAUGAUGAUGAUGAUGAUGAUGAUGAUGGCGGAAGCGGAGCUGCGCUGACUCUCGCGCUCUCUCGCUCUCUUUCUCUCUUUCUCUUUCCUUUAAUUUAUUCUCGUUGUUCGUCCGUCGGUGAAAAACCGUCGACCGAACGGGCCGCGCCGUGUGUGUGUGUCUCUCUCGCGCUCUCUCUCUGUCUGUCUCUCUGUCUGUCUCUCACUCCGUGUCGGUAAAUGGGGAACGAGGCGAGCCUCGAGGGAGAGGCGGGCCAGCCGGGAGCCGCUUCCGCUUCAGCACCGCCGCGCGCUGGACAGCUCAGCGAGCCGAGCACCGGAGCGCGCGCAGCACCCGGGCCGGGACCGGACAGUAUACAAGGCAAACCCCCCCCCACAGACCCCAGUAAUGGGCCCAAACCAGGGGGGUCGGGUGGUGGCGUCCUGGAUCAGAGCCACUCCCCCCGUAAGAGCCCUCAGGGGGAUGCUGGUGGCCCGAAAUCGCCUUACUCUUUGCCGCAGAUUGCCCCUAUGCCCAGCAGUAAGCUGUGUCCAGUGUGUAAGACAGCCGACCUGACGGGCGUGACAGACGGACAGCCCAACUGCAACACGUGUACACAGUGUCGCACCACCGUGUGUAACCAGUGCGGCUUCAACCCCAACCCACACCUCACAGAGGUGCAGGAAUGGCUGUGUCUGAACUGCCAGAUGCAAAGGGCAUUAGGAAUGGACAUGGACACCCCAAGGUCCAAGAGUCAGCAGCAGAUCCAUUCUCCACAGCAGCCCACCAAAGCCCAGCCCCGGACGGCACCCCAGACUCCAUCUUCAACCCAACCCAAACCUUUCCCGGCAUCCCAGAAUGAACUAAAAGCUCAAUCUCAACCAUCCACCCCCCUGAAAACCCAAACCCAGGCAAAACCUCCAUCCCAAACGACUCCAUCAGCCCAGUCCCAAGCAAAACCUCAACCCCAGAUGACUCCACCAGCCCAAACCCAGGCAAAACCUCAACCCCAGACUAUUCAAUCAGCCCAAACCCAGGCGAAACCUCAACCCCAGACUAUUCCAUCAGCCCAAACCCAGGCGAAACCUCAACCCCAGACUACUCCAUCAGCCCAAACCCAGGCAAAACCUCAACCCCAGACUACUCCAUCCACCCAGUCCCAAGUGAAACCUCAACCCCAGACUACUCCAUCAACCCAAACCCAGGCAAAACCUCAAUCCCAGACUAUUCCAUCAGCCCAAACCCAGGCAAAACCUCAAUCCCAACCUCCAACACCUUCGCAGACUCAGCCCAAAUUCCCAUCCACCCCUCAAACUCAACGAAAAUCUCAAUCCCAGCCUGCGACUCCAACCAAAUCUCUGCCGAAUCCUUCAACGUCGGAUCAGCCGUUUGGCAAGCUCUUCGGAUUUGGCGCGUCUCUUCUGAACCAGGCCAGCAGUCUGAUAUCGGUCGACCAGCCGCAACCUCAGUCUCAGCCUCAGACACCUCAGAAGACUCUGACAGCAGCCCCAAAACCUGGAUCCCAACCUGGGACACCAUCACAGCAGCAGAAGAGUAAACCAAAAGUAUGCUGCCCGCUGUGCAAGACCGAGCUAAACGUCGGCGUGCCUACAGAACCUCCCAAUUACAACCACUGCACCCAGUGCCAUGCCCAGGUGUGCAACAUGUGUGGCUUCAACCCCACACCGCAUCUCACUGAGAAGAAAGAAUGGCUCUGCUUGACAUGCCAGACACAGAGAGCCAUUUCAGGGGAUUUAGGGGAUGGCCCAUCUCCUGUUACUCAGCAGACAGGAUCUCCCCGAGUGCCGGGUCCGACCACUCAACAGCAGGCCCAACUAAGGCCACCCAGUCAGCAAGCAGGGGUGAGGCAUGCCGGUCCUCAGCAGCAAAAAACACCUGGUGCCCAAGUAAGUGGUCCUCCCCCUUCUACCAAACAAGGAACAUCACAGAGCAAGGGUCCCGCUCAAGUGUCUCCUGCCAAGACAGCCCCUACCCAACCUGCAAGCAAAAGCAAAGCAGAGACUCGCAAACAAGAGCAAGGCAUUAGCAAGAAACAGGCAGUGUCCAAAACUGAGAAAGAAGGUGACUUGAAAGUGUUCCAUAAAAAAGGAACACAGGAAGCAAAAGACCAGAAGAAAAGUAGUGACUUGCAGAAAUCUAAACAUCAUGACGAUUCGAACAAGUCCAGUACGCAAAGUCUGAGCGACACGGGCUACUCCUCUGAUGGCAUAUCCGGCUCCCAGAGUGAGAUCACUGGCCUCAUCCGAGAGGAGGGACUUAAACUCAGCGAGGGAGGCUUGUCUACCCAACGCAGUCCUCCCAGCCCUUCUGAAAUAAAAAAACUUGAGAGUUCCAUGCGACCUCUGUUGCAGUCAGAGACGGCCACUGAUGCCGAUAAGCAGAGACCGCAUUCGCUGACCAUAACACAAGACCAAUUUGAUUCCGAUGGGGAAGUAUCCGAUGACCUCAGUUGCAAAUUGCGUCAUGACUAUGUGGAAGAUAGCAGUGAAAGUGGCCUUUCUCCUUUACCAACCAGACAGAAGUUGCAGAAGGAUCUAACAGAUGAGGAGUUAAUGAGAAGACAGAUUUUGGAAAUGAGUGCAGAUGAGGAAGAAAUGGUAGAGACUGAAGGUCAUGUGAAAAUAAAAAAGAGUCAUAAACACAGUGGGGAUCUUGGGAAAGAGAGACGACGCCUUACACAGCAAUCUAACAGUUUUGAGGAUGACACCAAAAGUAAUGAUGGUACAUACAAGUCCAGUGACGGGGAUGAUCUGAUGGGUUCACAAGGAGGCCUAAGGCGAUUUAAGACAAUAGAACUGAACAACACUAACAGCUAUAAUCGUGAUUUGGAACUUAACACAGAGCAUGACCUUCGAGAACCUGAACUUGAGAUGGAAAGCCUGACCGGAUCACCUGAAGAAAGGUCAAGGGGAGAGUAUUCCUCAACCCUUCCUGCUACUACACCUAGCUAUACAUCUGGCACCUCUCCCACCUCUGUGUCUUCAUUGGAGGAUGACAGUGAUAGUAGUCCCAGCAGAAGGCAAAGGCUCGAGGAGGUUAAGCAGCAGAGGAAAGCAAGGCAUCGUUCCCAUGGCCCACUCUUACCAACAAUUGAGGACUCAUCUGAAGAAGAUGAACUGAGGGAAGAGGAAGAACUCUUAAGAGAACAAGAGAAGAUGAGAGACUUGGAACAGCAAAGGAUUCGCAGCACAGCCAGGAAAACAAAACGAGACAAAGAGGAACUCAGGGCACAGAGACGCAGAGAGAGGUCAAAGACUCCCCCGAGCAACCUGUCACCAAUCGAGGAUGCUUCUCCAACAGAGGAGCUUCGACAAGCAGCUGAAAUGGAAGAACUUCACAGAUCAUCCUGUUCAGAAUACUCUCCCUCUAUGGACUCAGAGGCAGAAGGAUUUGAAGUAGGCUCUAAACUUUACAGGUCUGGCAGUGAGUACAAUCUUCCAACUUUUAUGUCUCUAUAUUCACCUACAGAAAAAACAUCUGCUGUAUCACCACCUGCUGUAAACAAAUCAUUAAAAAGCGCUGAGGAGGUUUAUGAGGAAAUGAUGAGAAAGGCAGAGAUGAUGCAAAAACAGCAGGGACAACCGGGAAGACAAGGUCAGCAAGGGACCGGCCAUUUAGCAAAUAAUCAGCACUUAAGAACAGGGUCAACGUCUUUGAGUCCAGGCACAAGCCCCACACAGAUGUCAGCACCUGUAUCAUUUUCUGAAAGUGGCACUACUGGAAGAGGGACAGCCAGGGUUAAUGAGACACAACAAAGUCAGGGCAGCAUACCUAUUCAAACCUCUAAAAUUGCACAGUCUCAGCCACAAGUGCGUCAGUACUCUCCUUUAAAGGCUUCCAGUCCACCUACAUCCCCCUCUUCCUCUCCUACACAAAGUCCCACUCAUGCAAAAGCUCAUGGUCACACAUCAUCUGUACCAUCUACUCCCCAAGGCUCCCACAUUCCUCAAAGAACUGGAGCCCCUCGCCUUGCGAGACAACAGUCCUCCCAAGAUACCCCAGUCAUGGUGAUCACACUGGGAUCAGGCACAAGUACUCAGCCCCAAAAACCAAUAACUGUAAAUUCUUCUACAUCCCCUCUCUCUUCUCCAACAAGUUGCCAGCAACAGCCGAUUUAUCGGACACAGUCUCCAGUAACAAGUUCUCCUACAUCACCACAAAAGUCUCAGCUUACUUAUCAGAGGGGACAUGCAGCUGAAAGGGUCACUACUGGGUCAAGCACUCUUUCCUCUGCAGGUUCUCAAAGCCAUAGAUCUGAAAACAUAUCAUUGUGUAAAAUAUCCAGUGUUCCAGGAACUUGUAAGGUUAUUGAGCAAGGAACAGUGACCCAGAGUGGAAAUGUAGUUGAUCUUAGAGCAAUGAAGCCUGCUCCAAUUAUCAUGACGGACCAUGGCAUGGAUCUAACAUCUUUGGCAUCUGACACACGAAGGUACUCAGUUGAUGCAGACCAACCCCCAAGUCGGCAUACAGCAGUACAACCUCUAAUUAUGAACCUAAAUGCACAGGCGCAACCUUAUGUGACAACAUCCACACAAACAACAGUUAGUGUUACUGUGGCAGCCUCUAUGUUCUCUUCACAGCCUAAACACCCAAUGGUUUAUGGAGACCCCCUGCAGAAUCGAGUUGACUUUGGUCAAGGUGCCGGAUCAGCUGUUUGUCUUUCUCAACCAAGGCCACCAAUAACAGACCCAACAAUUCCAAAGAUAGAUGCAUGUCUAGAAGAUCUUGGUAUCCAACAACAGCAGCUUCAAAAGCAACAACAGAAGCUCCAACAGCAACAAGAGCUCCUUGAACAACAGCUCCAACAGCACCAACAAAAUGCAGCUUCUUUUGCUCGAUACAACUUAGCAAACCAAGUGCAACCGAUAUUGUUAAAGAAAGACUUAGUGGUAUGCCAGACCAGUGGUGGAAGCACUCAAACAGUGGUUAGUGCCAUUCCCAAAGUAUCCCCACUUCCACCUCAGCCCUUAACAAGUGCUGUGUCUCCUACCCCUACUAUUGGCCAUGACAUAUAUGGUGGGGUUGCUCUGGAAUUAAAAAAUAAGCCCACUGUAUCUAACCUCUCAACAGGAAAGCCCCAUGUACUGAUGGUGCAGUUAGAUGAUAGUGGUUCAUCACAAGGGGGUACAGUUACCCAUAUAGUUAAAAGGGAAGAGCCACCUCAAGCACAAGAUGUUCUUGAUCUCACUGGACAGAUCAAGUCAGAGAACCAAGUGGCCUGCUGUGAUGUUGUCUACCAGUUGCCCUUUGGUGGUAGCUGUUCAGGUCCUUUUGCUCAGAGAGGCAAAACAACAAUUUCAGAGCCAAAUCCUUCUGCCGAGCCUACCCCCGCCCCUCAUCAGCAAACUCAGGCAGAAAAAGAUGGUUACCAGCCAGUAAAUGUGCAAGGGGUAUCAGAGGAGCAUAAACCUUAUACCAUGGCUCCACCUGGACGACUUCAACCAUCAAUGUCAGACACAAAUCUUGCAGAAUCAGGACUUCAAUACUAUCAGAGGACAGAUCCUGGGGAUCUAGCUGUGGAUUUAAGCUCUAUGAAACAAGCAUAUGAAGCAGGAUAUCUUGGAAUGGGUGCCCAAUAUGGAUCCUACACUGAUUUGCGUCAUCAAGGAGAUGUUUCAACCCCACCAUUACCUCUGCGUAGAUAUGGCUCGAUGUCCAAUAUCAGUGGAGACUUUGGAUAUCCUUCUCGUGACCUGACAGCCACUCAAGAACCAAAUCUUGCACAGUACAGUGCCACCACUGCCAGAGAAAUUAGCAGAAUGUGUGCUGCUCUUAACUCAAUGGAUCAGUUUGGAAAUCGUUAUACGAACAGCCCCGAUCUUCUUCAGUUUGGUGUUGGAAGAGGAGGACCAAUAGGAAGGCUUGGCCUUCAACAAGGUCUAACAUCUCUCAGAGCAAACCUCCUUUAUGGCCCAGAUGGGAGGCCCACGGCACAUGGACAAGCACUUACAAAUCUAAUCAAUGCUAGACAGGCUAGCCUGCGGGCCUUAUAUCCUCCUGCCUUGAGGACUGCUGAUGGCAUGAUAUACUCUACUAUAAACACUCCAAUAGCAUCCACCUUACCAAUCACAACCCAACCUGCCCCUGUAUUAAAUUCUAUGCUAAGAGGAGUCUACAGGCCUUAUCCUCCAGCCAGCGUGACAGCUGUACCUCUAUCUAGCCUUAGUAGAUUGCCUCAUGUCACUCCAAGGAUGCCUCUCUCUGCACAGGGACCUUACAGGUACCCUGCUCCAACCCAUUUCCCAGCAUCUGCCUCAGACUCUAUUUCAGGGAGUGUACCAACUACAAGUACCUCCCAAGAAACACCUGUCUAUCUCGGUAAGCCUACAGUACCUGUGUCAAUUUCAUCAACUACAACAUUACCGUCUGCAUCUAGACCAACUGUUCAAACUAGUGCUGUACCAGCCCAAUCAACUAUUUUAAACCAACAGACAUCUCAGGGUCAUAUCCCAGUAGAUGCUACGACAGUGUUUCCUCCCUCUCAAAGUCAAAUUCCACAGUCAAUUCAGCAGCAAAUACAGGCACAAGCCCAGUCUCAAUCAUUGACCAAAAGUAUAGAUUUGUCCUUCACUCAAGGCCUGUCACUUUCUCAGACACAGGCUCACACAUCAGUGCCACAAUCACAGCCACAUGCAGCUACUAGAGUAUUGCCAGAUACAGCAGUUAGUGGUAUCAUUAACACAACAACAGAUGAAAAAGAGAAAGAGGAAGAGCGUUUGCGCCAACAACAAGAGCAGCUCCUGCAAAUGGAGAGAGAGCGCAUUGAGUUAGAGAAGUUUCGUCAGUUGCGGCUUCAUGAAGAGCUGGAGAGGGAUCGCCUUGAGCUACAGAGGCACAGGGAGAAAGAACAACUUCUUGUGCAGCGUGAGAUCCAAGAACUGCACAGCAUCAAGCAGCAGGUCCUCCAGCAACAGCAGGUUGAAAGAGAAACUCAGUUGGUAAUGCAGAGAGAGCAGCUGGCCCAGCAGCGGAUGCAACUAGACCAAAUUCAGGCUCUGCAACAGCAACUCCAGCUGCAGCUUGAAGAGCAGAAGAGGCAAAAGACAGCAGCAGUUGAAGCAGCAGCAGCAGUGGCAGCAGCAGAGGCAGCUGCUGCAACUGCAGCUGCUGCAGCAGCAGCCACAACUGCUCAAGGUGCCAUUAAUGGAAUGGUGGUUGGUGGAGCCCCUCAAGCAAUCUCCAUCAUCUGUGAUCAGAGUGGUAGGGUUAUUCCGCAAGAUGGCCAGAGCUUGCAGUUUUUACCUUGCAUGGAUGGGCAGAUGGUUCAAGCACUUGUGUCCACAAGACCUAUGCCCAGCUCAGCUUCUGAAAUGUCCCUGAGGAACAGUGAUGAUCAGGGAAGUAGCCAUGCUAUAAAGAAACAGAAUUCAAUGCCUCGCUUGAGAAAUGGUACAGAGGAGGAACCUGUGAAAAGGAUUGCAGACAGCAGUGUCCAAACCGAUGACGAAGAUGCAGAGGAUCGGUUUAUGUCACGGCGCAGAAGAACCAGGCGUAUUGCUGACUGCAGUGUUCAGACAGAUGAGGAGGACCAGGGGGAGUGGGACAGCCAGCCAGUGCGACGACGACGUUCAAGGUACUCCAAACAUUCUGAAUCGAGUGCAGAAAAUAAAAGUGAUACAUCUAAAGUGACAUCCAGCAUAGCUAUCCAGACAACCAGUGACUCUUCUUGUCAAACUGAAUCAGAUCAGCUGGGCAGAGUCUCACCAGCCAUUCACAUCACAAUGGCUGAGACAUCAAAAGUUGAACUGCUCCACUACAUUUCUGCACCAGAGAGGACACACAAGGGUGAGAGUUUAGCCUGCCAGACUGACCCAGAAGCACAGUCUCAAGGUGUGGUUGCUCCUCAGCUCAAUGUUCCAACCACAGUUAGCCCUUACUCCACUAGUUUACAGGUAGUUGGUGCCACACCAGCCAAGUUUGAAAGAAGGAAACCAGACCCACUAGACAUUGGGCUGCAAACACAGCAACCAACUGAUGCACGUCCACCCAAAUCCCCACACGUGUUAUACUCCCCUGUGUCUCCCCUGUCCCCCCAUCGUAUGCUGGAGACAACCUUUGCCUCUAGUGAAAAGCUUAACAGGGCACAUGUCACACCCCAGCAGAAGGCCUUCACUACUGAAUCACCCAAGAGGCAUCAAACAAUUCCAAGGCCUAUAAAAAGUGUUCAGCGCUCCAUGUCAGAUCCCAAACCCCUAAGCCCAACUUCAGAGGAUCCAUCAAAGACCAAAUUCUCGCUGUACCAGAGUCAAAACUCUUCAGGCAGCCAGCUACAGAACUCAAUGAUGAGGAAAGUGAAACGGACCCUCCCCAGUCCCCCUCCAGAUGAGACACCGCUCCCCAUUGUAACCCCUGCAAUGACCCACAUGUACACUGCCCCUGGAAUGCCCCAGAGAGUAUUGCCCCGUCCAGCACAAGGUGUCACCAAGGCGGGUCUUUUGAGUGAGCUAAAAGCUGUCGAACAAGAGUCUUCCAAGCUACGUAAACAGCAAGCAGAACUUGAGGAAGAAGAAAAAGAGAUUGAUGCUAAACUACGCUGUUUGGAACUAGGCAUUACCCAGCGCAAAGAAACCAUGGUAAAAGAACGAGAGAGGAGAGAGCUGGCCUACCUGCGUGGCAUAGGGGAUGCACGGGACUACAUGUCAGACAGUGAACUCAAUAAUCUUAGAUUAACAGGAAUACCAACAGGAACCUAUGAAGUGAAUGGAAUGUUGUCAAGACCAAGCACAGCACCUCUUAGCCAGUUUACUUCAGACCCGAAUGUGACUUCUCAGUAUCCACCCACCUCCUCUUAUGUCCCAUAUCCAUUUCCACAGAGCCAACCCGCACCAACACAGCAACCGACUGCAGCCUAUCAGCAAAUUGGAUUUCAAGCACCACAGUAUCCAGUACCAUCCCAGCCUCAGCCAGGCACCUUUCAGCCACACCCUCCUCAACCCUCAUCCUAUCAAACACAAGGGCCCUACCAGAGUCAUGCAUAUGCCCAGUCAUAUCAACCAGAUCUAGGCCUGCAGCAGCCCAGCCACCAGAGCUUUCCGCCUCCUGCAGCUCAUUUACCUGGACAGACAUUACCAUAUCCUGGCCAAAGUAUGCCUUUCCAGCCCCAAGGUGAUAUCCUUUCAGGUCAUCAGCUGCCACGACAUACAUCACUGGCCGAUCUUGAACAGAAAUUGCCAACCAAUUACGAAAUUAUUACUAAUCCUGCAGUGUCUGUAGCCACCUCAGCUCAGGAAACUGGCUUCAGUGGUGCCUAUUCUUCACCCCUGACAAAUGCUUAUGGGCCAUAUCGCACCCCUGACCAAACUAUGGCAGACCACAUACCAAGUCCUACAUCUGGGUAUGGUACAGAUGGUCUUUAUACAACAAAUUUAGAACAAAAUAUACCCAGAAACUAUGUAAUGAUAGAUGAUAUAAGUGAACUGACAAAGGAGAACAUGGGAUCAUCUGAUGCUUCAAGGACAGGCUAUGGAGGUGAGAAUGGUCCGCGUGGGAUAGGUUAUGGAGACGGGUCUGAAGAUCUAUAUGGAAGACCAGGCAGCACCACCAGUUACCAUCAUCAGGGUGCUGUGGACAGCCAUGGCCGUCCUAGCACAACUGCGAGUGGUGGAUCUUCCUAUUACUAUGAUGAUUAUAAGCAUUCAUCUCGCAGUAGCUCUGGAAUGGGCAGCCAGAAGCAUUCCUCUAAGAACUUGGCACCAGCUGCGGUGUCCUCCAAGCGUAGUAAGCACAGAAAGCAAGGCAUGGAGCAGAAGAUUUCCAAAUUCUCCCCAAUUGAAGAGGCACGAGAUGUAGAAUCUGACUUGGCCUCUUACACAAUGACAACACCAUCAGGUGGAAGCUGUACCAUGGUUUCUAGAUCGGGGGUAAAAAAGAAUGUCUACGAUCAACAGAAGUACUAUGGCUCAAGAGAAGGUUUGGAUGAAGAUGAUCGUCUGUACAGUUCUGGAAGGUCAAGGUCCACAGGCUAUGGCAUGGAUAAGAUCUCCUCCAGAGACUCAGGAGGAUACAGAAGUAAGUCGUAUGAAAGAGAUGCUAUGGAGCGAUCUCAGAGGGGUACCCAUAGCCGCUGUGGACGUACUGCCAUGCGCACUCAGAACUCAGAGGAAGAGAGUCCACUGAGCCCAGUAGGGAAACCUGUGGGUAUGGGACGUGUCUCAGACCCACAUGAUGUUAGAAACCAGUAUGGCUCCAGCCAUUCACUUCCUGAUGUUCAGGAUCAUCACAUAAGGGAUAUACCUAAGAGCCAUGCCUACAAGCCAGAUGACCCAUACGUAGUGGAUGAUAUGCACUGUGCUGUUUCAGAUAGCGAAGCAUAUCAUUUAGGACAGGAGGAAACAGACUGGUUUGAGAAACCACGGGAGGCCACUUCCGAUCGUUCCAGACAUCAUGGGAGUGGAAGCCACUCUUCUUCAGGUAAGAGAAGCCAUGUCAAGCACACCUACCAUGAUUAUGAUGAGCCCCCUGAGGAAGACUUGUGGCCACAAGAUGAAUACAACCACCAACGCCAUUCCUCUUCCACCCCAUCCCGAGAACACCGGCAUCAUGUUAGCGGCUCAGGACGUCACUCAUCAUCCAGACAUUCCUCUGAAGAGUCUCGAUCCUCACGUUCUUCAAGAUCACAUCCUAAGGAUCCAUCAGGUCGCUCUGAAGGGCGCAGCACUUCAUCCUCUUCGCAUAAAAGAUCCUCAGAACCCAGAUCUUCACAGUCAGGGUACCGGGACUCUGGAGAAUAUUCCCAUGACCCUGCAUCUGGACACCAUCACAGUGGUCAGCGUGGACAAAGACAGGCUAAUGCUUCCAGACGGCAAGAAUCUCCUUCCUCCAAACAACAGCAGCAGCAACAGCAGCUACAACAAGGUUCUGUAGGUCAACAGCAGCCACCACAGCAAGGACAGCAAAGGUCCGCAACACAGUCGACAGCUGGCAGGCAGCCUGUAACACAACAGCCUGAAACUGGGCCACUGGGGCAACAGACCAGCCAACAACCUCGUUCCCAGCAGCAGCAGUCACAACCUCAGCCUGGACAACAGCCAGCAACAACCACAGCAAGCAUGGCUCAGCCUGCAACAGUGGCUACUGUUAUUGGAGCUGGGGCCGCUCAGCAACAAGCUAAGCCAGGCCAGGCUCCAGCAUCAGGACAACCACUGGCUGCAGGAGCAACCCUAGCUCAGCCGACUACUGCUGGGGGAGGACACAUGAAACCUGACACUGCUCCUAGUGCACCAACUCCUGCAGUUGCUAUUGGAUCUAAAGCUGCACCCCAGCCUGCUAAAGCCCCUACGACCCCAGCCACAGGCAUUGGGUCAAAAGCAGCUCCCCGUCCAGGUGGCAUAGGCAGUGCAGCUCAGCCAACACAGCAACCCACGGACAAUGAAAAUGUUUUCAGCAAAAUCUUGCCGGGUGGCGCUGCUGAACAAGCAGGAAAACUAGGAGACGCUGUGUCUGCUAUCGGCAAGAAGUUUACAUCGUUUUGGUGAGCUGCUAACUAGAGGGGUUCAUCGUGGCUGAGCAGAGGCUUGUUACUGGAAAAAAAAUUGGAAACUGUUUCUGUCAUCUUACCCAUUAAUCCGUGGAUGGAGGACACCUGAGAACCAGUUGAUGAUCUGGCCUGGAAAAAAGGGGUCGAAGUUCCUGAAGCUCGGCCUGAACCACCAUCAUCUCAGAUGAGACGCUCCACUCCGCUCCAGGAUCAGGGAGAUGUCUCCAGAACUUUUAUCUAAUCGUGAUCACUCUGUAAACCUGCUCAGGUGUCCUCUCUCUCUCUCUCUCUCUCUCUCUCUCUCUCUCUCACACACACACACACACACUAGUGAUGACAGAAGCAGUUCUUGAAGCUUUUUCCAGUUCUUGAACCUGAGACUUUCUGAGACUGACUGUUCUCCCACUGAGCGGACGGACACUUCCACUAAGGCGAUGAUUGACCUUCUCUCUGAAUGUUUUUUUUUUCUUUUUCUCCUUUCCGUUCUUUCUUUCCGUGACCUGUUUAUGUGCACUCGAAUGCAAUCGUGUAAAGUGUCGUACAUGCGACUGCACGCAUGAGAGUAAAUGUCUUCUAUAUAAACCCAUAAACACUCAUUUUAUCAUGAUCUCUGAGGAAGAGGAGGCAGUGUGAUGAGUUCAGAGUUCGGCUCUGACAUUGCAGCGUUCCUCUCACUCUUUUAGCCAUGAUCACGCCAUCGCUAGUCGAUCGCACACAGAACUGCUGAUCUCUUCUUCAUUUAUAAACCCCUAUAUCAUAUUAUUAAUAUUAUUAUUAUAUAUUUAUUUAUUUAAUUUAUUUAUUUAUUCAUGUCUUUUUCAGUUUAUAUUUUGUUGGCCUGAUUUACUUUUGUGAUUAAGAGCCUUAUCAUUUUUUUUUCCACAUACCUCAUGGUUUUUUUUUUAAAGAAUCAUCCUUUUAUUUUUUGCACAGCUGUAUUCUACUGUACAGAGACACGUCUUCACAGAGCGAUAUUGUAAAUCAGUGGAGGAUUUAUGGAUUUAUAUUUAUAUGUGUUUGUAAUUUGUUCCUUUAUACUACAUUGUUUUUUUUUUUUGGUGUUUCCUUAAUUAUUAAUGAUUGAUUUAUGAUUGUUUUAUUAUGUGGAGGUUGAUUUCCUCAGAGCAAUAGCAUGCACAUUGUUAUAGAGCACAAUGAUUUUCUCCUCCAGAAUCAGUCGAUGAUUAAAGUCACCAAGCGUUUUGGGGGAUCGUCUGCAAAACGCUGAACAUUCUCCCAUCUCACUCACUCACACAAACACACACUCACACACACACACACACACACACACAAACACACACACACACAGAAACAUAUAAUUAAACCCGAAAUUGCCGUCUUGAGUUUCCAUUUCAGAUUCUCUAUGCAAUGAUCCAUUCCGAUCAUCAUUGCCGCAUCUCCACGCCGACGUCACGUCACCCGCAAAUACGGUUAUGAACUCGUUUGUAUUUAUCUUCUUGUAUGUAUUGAGAUUAUUAUUGCAAUUUUUGAAUGUUCUCUAUAUAUUUUUUUUAAAACGUUUAGUCGCAUGUGAUAAUGAUCACCCCUGGUUUUUUUGGGGGGACUCUGUUGCCAAAGGGUUAGUCUGUCUUGGACGUCCACCAUCUUGUUGCUUGAAGCAUGGUUCUGCGUUCUGCCUGCUCAUGUGUAGUAAAGUCCUCACGUCUGUGCGUUUUGCUGUGAUCUGGCAACCCGCUCCACUCAUGCACUCAUUAUGACGUCUCCGAACAUCAAACUGCCUUCACACACACACACACACACACGUUCUAGGUUAAAAACUCCACCUUCUUCCGUUUUCCACUCAGUGUGGAGUUUGGGGGUUAAGUCAUGGACUGGACGGAGAUCCAGCAUCUCGGAGCUGUAGUGCACUACGUCGGGAGUGUGGAGGAGGUGUUACGGAGUGAACCUGUUUAUUCAGACUUCAAUCUGAUUAUCAAUCAACUCCCAAGUACUGGACACCUACUCAGUCACUAAAAGCCUGAGUAGAGAAGCGUACGCAGGCUAAAUACCAAAAAGACUCCCUAGUGCACUGCUUCAGAAGGAGAGAGGAAUUUGGAAUCGAGCCCUUGUGUCAGAUCUUCAAACCUCUAUCUCUGAUGUAGUCUGUAGAUUAGAAGUGUACUCUGUAGGGAAUAAGGCAGGUGUUAGGAUUGAACUUGCAGAUCCUAAACAGUGUGAGUGUUUAUAACCAAACGCUAGAGUGUUUAUAACCAAACGCCUCCCAGCUCCUCAUGCAGUGCACUAGGGCUUCUUCACCUGUCUAGUGUGCACUACCUAGGGGAAAAGAUGAUUUAGGGAUUUAGGAUGUAGACUUCCUGUUUUUACACUGGAUUGUAAAGUGCACUAGGCAGAUAGCAGGGAUGAGUUUGGGACGGAGUUUUGAAAGUCUUUCAUUUCAUUUCAUUUUUUUUAAUAUUCGCUGUCAGAAUGACGGGAAUGUAUUACAUCAUCGUUACCAUGGAGAUGCUCAAUAAGCAGUGCAUGAGCCGGAGCGCUUUGUCUCAGAAAACUGAACACGGAGAGAGAUAAACAUGCAUGACGCACACACACACACACACGCACGCACACACAGACACACACACACACACACACACACACAGACACACACACUGUAAAUACACACGAUUUUGUACAGCGUUUAAAUAUCAUGAGUGUAAAGGACGGCCGUCUUGUGCAUCCUCACGCCGGCCUCGCUGCCAACCUUUUGUGCUUUUUGUGUAUAAAAAGGAUGAUGAUGAUGAUGAUGAUUGUUAUUAUGAUUAUUAUUGUUAUUAUUAUUAUGACAAAAUUAAGCAUCAUAUCUGUGGCUGGCUCUCAAUGACUGUUGAUAUUGAAACAGUGAAAAAAAAAAAAUCUGCUCUGUGUCGAUUCUCCAUAUCGUGUAAAAAAAAAAUGAAAGAAAAAAAAGAUGAAUAUCAAAAAGUGGCAAAAAGUUGUCUUGACUUCCAUUGUUACUAACAUUACUGGAAGAUAUUACAGUGGGCAUGUGACUAUUUCCACACAACACCACUCCAAUUGGAUCGGGGAAAAAAAGUAAUAAAACGCAUCAAAUGAAAAGAAAAAAAGACAAAGAAAAAAAAGAAGAAGAAGAAGAACAUGCAACAAGUUUCACUCAGCGUCGUCGGUGCGACUGACCGAGUGUGAGUCCAGUAUCCAUUGUGAAACUUUGUGUUCUUUUCAGUGUAUUCCUGUUCAGAGAUAGAGUACACACUGGUGCAUCAUGUCAUGUAAUGUGAUUAUGAAAAAUAAUGGACCUGCAAUUCGUUUCCAAACCGGAACAGAAUAAAGAGAAACAUGAGAAAACGAGUGGACUUCUGUGUCUUUU